GAAUGGAUCACGUGACAAUCCCGGAUGUCAACAAACGAUAUCAACAACAGGGAAGUGUCAACGCUUCAUUGUUACAGAUUUUCCAAUGGAUUAACCGACAUUUGAUAAUUCAUUGUUACAGUCACUCGUGUACAUUCUGAAAGGAACUAUGAGUGCGUUCUGUUGAUUCUACGUUAAUUUAGCUUUUGACGAAGACUUUCAACAUGAGGUCCGAUUCUCCUCUUUCCAGCGUCAACGUAGUGCUUGUUAUGGCCUACGGAAGUCUGGUGUUUGUGCUGCUGUUCAUCUUUGUGAAGAGGCAGAUCAUGCGCUUCGCCAUGAAGUCUCGUAGAGGACCACAUGUACCCCUGGGCCACAACGCUCCAAAGGAGCUGAGACAGGAGAUAGACUCUCGUCUGUCCAAGGUUCAGGAGAUCCGCUUUGAGCCGCGCCUGCUGUCUGAACAGGACGACAGACUACUGAGUGGCGGUUGCUAUGACUACCUGUACAGAAUGAGGGCACUAGAUGCCAUUAGAGACUCUGAUAUUCCGUUCAGUGAGUUGGGAGGGACUCCCACAGCUGUGACAGGGAGGAGAUUCCGCGCCUGGCUUCUAGAUCUGAGGAGUUCCCAUUCCCUGUUCCGCAGCAGCCGCAGUUCCCUCAUAGACACACUGCUGGAGGGCUACCACAACGCUCGCCACGGCACCGGGGUGUUUGGAGAAGCAGAGUUUGUCAAAUACAAGGAAGCCCUGAACGAACUGGCCUCUGUUUAUUCUUCUCUCCCCAGUGUGAAGAGCCACUCCAGCUCCACCAGUCUGGACCAGCAUCACCAGUCAGCAGCUAAAGACCUGACCAGUACCCCAGAGCCCACCCCCCCCUCUCCCCCCUCCCAGGUCACAUACCUGCCGUCAGCUGGGCAACGCACCAAACGACCAAAACACUUCCUGGAACUCAAGAACUUUAAAGACAAGUACAACACCUUGGAAAGCACAUUCUGAGAACUACUAUCUCCUAUGGCAUAACACGAAAAACUGCAAUUCCCUACAGCAUACCUUGAGAAACGACAACUUGCUGCCUCUGACAACUGCAACUCCCUACAACCCUGAGAACUUACAACUCCCUAGAGAACAACCUGAAAACUACAACUUCUACCACUUUAAAUCUGUUUUGUUGCGAGUACUGGACUCACUUUUCCUUCUCUAUUUCCAUAGUAGAUAGCCUGGUGGGAAAAAAUCUGUCGUUCUGCCCCUGAACAAGGCAGUUAACCCACUGUUCCUAUGCCGUCAUUGUAAAUAACAAUUUGUUAUUUUCUGACUUGCCUAGUUAAAUAAAGGUUAAAUAAAAAAGAAAUUAAGGUAGUGAUAAGUAAAGCUCCUGGAGGGGUCAGAUACUGGGGUUUGUGGUAAAAGAAGAGGUUGGUGAGUUAGUGAGAGACUUGUUAGUGCCAGCGGAGAGAGAAGAGACUUGGUAGAGUUGGGAAGACUGGAGCACAGCAGGAUUAACAGUAGCACAGCAGUAUAGGAAUGACAGUAACAUUACGCUGCCUUACUAGUCCUGAGGAAAAACACUGCCUACUGCCUAUCAUGCGUCUCACAUAAUAAAUAGUGCACUAGAUUUAAGCUUAUUUGACCUUAAACAUCAUUGUGAACUUUUGCACAGACUUUGCAGGUAUAUCAUCAUGUAGGGCUAUGCAAAAAGAGAUGAGACCAGACAAGCUACAUGCAGUUUCUAUGCAUUAAUGCAAGGUUUCUCAAACUUUGUGCUGGGGACCCCAAGUGGUGCACGUUUUGGUUUUCGCCCUAGCACUACACAACUAACUCAAAUAAUCAUCAAGCUUUGAUUAUUUGAAUGAGCUGUGUCGUCCUAGGGCAGAACCUGAAACGUACAUCUCUUGGGGUCCCCAGGACUGAGUUUGGGAAACGCUGCAUUAAUGCACAGUAUUAGAGUAAGACUUGUUUAUAGUGUGCUCAGUGCUAACUAAGCUAUUGAUGGACUACGUUAUAGCAGACCAGCAUUCCUCACAAUGGCCCUGGAGAGCUACAGUACAGACUGUGCAGGCUUUUGUUCCCGCCUAGCACUAACACACCUCCAAUCAAGCUGAAUAGUAGAAUCCGGUUAGUCACUGUUGAGCUGGAACAAUACAGCCUGUAACUCUACAGGACCAGGACAGAAGAACUAUGGAUUAUUCCAGUAUUACUGCUAGAGCCAUGUAUUUACAUAUAUAUUGCUCUGGUUUAGGGCUAGUGUUACAAGUAAAUAAACAUGCUACAGUCUGACUGUUGUCCAUUUGCUGCAUAAAAAUUAUACUUUUUAGUGUACAAUUUUUUUUUUUUGCUGAAAUAUUUUUUGGUAUUCCAUUUUUAAAGAUAAUAUGAAUGCUUUAUUCUAAUUGAUUUUAAUACAAUUAACUUAUUACGUGUAUGAAUGGUUGAAUACUAAAACCGUAAUAUAUUCUUGAGGUGCGAGUUGGCUAUAUAGCCUGGGUUCCAGUCCGAUCUAUUCAUAAUGAGGUGUGAGUUGGCUAUGUAGCCUGGGUUCUAGUCUGAUAUAUUCAUAAUGAGGUGUGAGUUGGCUAUGUAGCCUGGGUUCUAGUCUGAUAUAUUCUUAAUGUGUGAGUUGGCUAUAUAGCCUGGGUUCCAGUCCGAUCUAUUCAUAAUGAGGUGUGAGUUGGCUAUGUAGCCUGGGUUCUAGUCUGAUAUAUUCUUAAUGUGUGAGUUGGCUAUAUUGCCUGGGUUCCAGUCCGAUCUAUUCAUAAUGAGGUGUGAGUUGGCUAUAAAGCCUGGGUUCCAGUCAGUUUCUGCUUUAACCAAUCCCCACUCUCUUACAGCAGAAACAGACUGGUAUGGUACCCAGGCUCAUAUGACUCGUCAGUGGAGUUAUCUAAAGCACCUACAGAUGUGGGACCAGGCUAGAGAUUUAUGGGUUGAGUAAUAUUGAUGUAUGAUUGUAGCACAAUGUUCCUCCAGUCAAAUGUGAACAGCUUCAGAAGUGUGUUCGAAUCUAAUGGGUUGUGUGUAUGAUUGAUGUAUGAUUGGGACCAGAGGAGGCUGGUGAGGAGAGGACGCCUCAUAAUAAUGGAUGGAAUUGAAUGGUAACAAACACAUGAAAAUAUCAGGUGUUUGAUUUGUUUAAUACCAUUCUAUUUAUUCCGUCCCAGCCAUUACUAUGGCCUGAUAAUAGUGCUGAAUAGGCUGCUUUAUGUUUUAAUGGACUCCCCUGAUCUAUCCUCUGUGCAUUGUAAUACAUACUGCAGCUGCCAUUCCAUUAAAGUUGUACCACUGGACCAGA